AUGAUCAGUGGUAUUUUCGGAUACAUCAACUACCUGGUGGAGAAGGACCGCAAGUUCAUCAUCGACACUCUUGUCAACGGUCUGUCCCGUCUCGAGUACCGUGGAUAUGACUCUGCUGGUCUAGCCAUCGACGGCGACAAGAAGAAGGAGGUUCUCGCUUUCAAGGAGGUUGGCAAGGUCGCCAAGCUCCGAAAGCUCAUUGACGAGUCCGACCUCGACCUCGAGAAGAUCUUUGAUUCACAUGCCGGUAUUGCCCACACCCG